GGGCUACAUAUUCAGCGGAAGGAUCGAAAGUCACUCAGUCGCGUUCCAGACGUCGGAGGUAAAACUACACGAUGAGCGAUAAACAUUUAGCUGCUGGGUCACCAUGCCCACCUCUGCAGCCCGGGGUCAUGAGGAUUUACAGCAUGCGGUUCUGCCCCUUCGCCCAGCGCGUGCGAUUGGUUCUCGAUGCCAAAGGAGUCAACUUCGAACUCGUCAACAUCAACACGCACAGCAAACCCGACUGGUUCUUGGGCAAAAGUCCUUUAGGGAAAGUGCCGGUGUUAGAGAGAGAUGGAGAAAUAAUAUGCGAAUCGGCCAUCCUGAGCGAUUAUCUGGACGAGGUUUAUCCAGAGCCUGCGCUUUACCCUAAGGAUCCCUGGAAGAAAGCGCACGACCGGUCACUCGCUGAGCUUUGGUCAAAGGUGUACGGACCCAUGUACAAGAUGUAUUCCGCAAAGGGGGACAAGCAGGCAAAGACAAAGGCGUUUGAAGACUUCCUGUCUGGUCUCGAUCUCUUCGAGAGGGAACUUGCUAAGAGAGGGUCCACUUAUUUCGGUGGGGAGAGACCAGGCAUGCUAGACUACAUGAUCUGGCCCCAUGCCGAAAGGUUUGCAAUGCUGACUAUGCUGGCUGGAGACGGCUAUGAGAUUCCACAGCAUAGACACCCAAACAUGUUUUCGUGGAUUAAUAGAAUGAAGGAAGAUCCAGCCGUGAAGACAACAUAUCUUACACCCGAACAACAUUUUGAAUUUGUUAAAGGAUUCAUUGGCGGGAAUCCUGAGUAUGACAGGGAGCAGUGACGUCAUCGCGGGAUCUGAACGAAGGAGUCUCCUUCUCUCUCUCUCUCUCUGUCUCUCUCUCUCUCUCUCUCUCUCUCUCUCUCUCUCUCUCUCUCUCUCUCUCUCUCUCUCUCUCUCUCUCUCUCUCUCUCUCUCUCUCUCUCUAUCUAUCUAUCUCUCUUUCUCUCUCUUUAUCUCUCUCUUUCUUAAUGUAAUGUAAGUUAGAAUUGUUUGAAUACCAUCGUUAAAUAAAGUGAUUUUUUUCGGAAUUGAUACGUAGGCCUGUAAUCAAUUUCAUGUUCACUUAUAUUUAAUGUAGGUGAGAUUGAUACAAUAUAGUCGAGCUCUCUCUUUUCUUGUAGUAAAAGUAGUCAGUAGUCUUGUCGUCAAAAUAAUUUAAAAUUCAUGAAAACAUCGCUUACGAAUAAAUAAUUCGUGUGAAAAA